AUGUCAUCGCUUAUUUCCGAAAUUAGAGAAAAGAAACGUUUUACCUACAAAUUGACAUAUUGUACGGAACUACUGUGGAACUGGUUCUCAGUGAGAUGUGGACUGGUUCGUGAGGUGACAACUUCUCUAAUCAUUUUAGCCAUCUUUUUAUAUUAUUACAAUUACUAUGAUGCCAAUUUUGAUGAACAAAAUACCGACCAAUCCAAAAACAAUGAAAAGCUGAUCCCCAUCCAAGUUGUAAUUGCUCUCUUCUAUCAGAGAAUGAAAAAUCUUAUUGAUUCUUCAGAGACCCUGUUUUAUACAUUUACAAAAACGGCAACAUCUUUUAGACCCGUUCAAAGAAUACUAAAUUUUGUAAAACAACUUCCAUUAGAACCCAAUCAUGGAACUCGAUCAAUAUCAGAAAAACCAAAAGAUUUAGGUUUUCAAGGAACUAUUGUAUUCGAUCGAGUAAGCAUGAAGUAUUCUCCUGAGAGUAAGAAUGCUCUUGACAAUAUUUCAUUCAGCAUAAAACAAGGAGCCAAAUGUGGAAUUGUUGGAAGAACAGGAAGUGGAAAGAGCAGUAUCUUUAAUUGCAUUCUUCUAUUACAAGAAAUUGAGAACAAUGAGGGUGCUAUUUACAUUGACGGAACUGACAUUAGAGAAUUACCCAUUAGAGAUUUAAGAAAAAGCAUUACCUAUAUUCCACAACAACCAAUUUUAUUCAUGGGAACUCUUCGAGAAAAUAUGGACUUUGAAGGAGAAUUUAGUGACGAAGAAAUUACACAAGCACUCGAGCAGGUUGGAUUUUUACAGGCCCUUAAAGAAAAAUCAAAUAGUUCAAUCACUGUGAAAGGUGAGGAGUUGUCCAUUCUUGAUAUUAAGAUUACUUAG